AUGUCGCCUCGUAUACGAAAACGGCCUAGUGCGCACCUGGAAGUUUCGACGAUUGGAUCAUGCUCAAGCGUCGUUUCACUAGAUGAAAUGGCCGAACUAGAAGAUUCGAUCGCGGGCCUCCAUCGAAAGCCAUCGUCGGAUGAGUUCUCACGGAUUGUGAAUGAAAUUAGCACACACCGACGCAUGAACGCAGACGUGCGAAAUCGCCGGAGUCAUCAGAGCUUUGCGAGCAGCGACGAUGGACGCAGUGGACACAGUCGCAUCAGCAGUUUCGAUGGAGAUGUAUCAACAUUGAGUGCUGUAAACAUACCUCCUUGCUGUUGUGGCCAGCCAGAGUGUGACGUGUCUCGUCGCGUACUGCAACAGAUCCAUGACAUGGAAUCUGAUCUACAACUGAGCGCCGAAAUUGGGCAGGCCCUUCUCCAGCGCCAGGAUGCUAUUGUGCAUCGCUCGCAGCAGGAAGCCGAAGAACAUGCGCACCAACGUGAUCAACUUCUCGCAAGACUUACGCAGACUAUCAAGGAGACGCAGGUCUUACAGCGCCAGCUCUCGCAAGCAACCUUUAAUCUAGAAGCAGCUGAUCAGAGCCACCAUGCCUUGCUUUCGGAACUAGAUGAAGUCCGGCAUCAGCUGAAGCAGACAAAGAUGCAUCGGAUCAAGGCGUCCAGCUUAGAAGCGAAGCUCGAGCGAGUGCAGACCGAGCUUGAAGACACGCGUGUCGAGCUCGCUAAUGAGCGGCGCCGCUUUGCUUCGGCAGAGGCGAAGCAAAAGCAAGUUGUGGCGCGUCGUUGUGAGGAGCUUCGCGCACGAUGGAACGGUGAGCGUUCUCGCAUGGCACAGGCGCAGCAAGCAGCUUCCCAGGCUAAAGCCAACAUUUGGGAUGCUGUCCGUGCGCGGCUUGCCGCCAAGCAGGGGGCAUCCGAGUCUGCCGCCGGGGCAAGUGAAGAGGACGAAGCAGAUCCAGAUCCAUUCUCGGACGAUGCUUUGCGGGAAAUUAUGAAUGAACAUGAGGCGCUGCGGCACGAAAAUGAGCACCUCCAGACACUUCUUCGCUCAAUGAACGACGAAAUGGCUGAGCUACGGGAAAUGUCCGAAGGUCCAGGCCCGUUGGUUGGCGUGUCGCUUGAGGCCGACAUCGACUCAUCACCGAUGCCAUUGCAUGCGUCGGAGCCGCGCGAACGCGAGCGUCGGGUGGUAUCGGACUCUUCACGUAGUGAGGCGCCCUCAGAAGACAUGACACGGCGCAGUGAUGGCUUGUCUGAAGGGACGGCCAUCACGACGCCGUCUACAUCGUCGCGUGCUCACAUGGACGACGAUGUCCUGUCGUACGACACUGGCUCCAUCGUUGCAUAUGGAUCUGAGCGUGACUUUGACACUCCUAUGGAGCAGCGAACGGCCUUGCUCAGCACAUUUCUUGAGGCAGCGAGCAGCACGUACUCGAAGCUGCAAAAGGCCGAUAUUGACUCCUUGACCACUCGCCUUCAGCGCCAGAAACUCGCGGGCGACGUAGGCCACUUGUCGCGCACAACAGUUCAAGCCAAUGUGCGCGAUCUCGAAGGUUGGCGUGAGCAUUUCCGCAAAGCCCUUGACAAAGAAGCGCGGCGCGGCGUACCGACUGACUCGAGUCUCGUCUCGCGCCGUGACUUUUUCACUCUUCUCAAGCUGCAGCGUGAUAUUCUCCUAGAGAUCGCUCGCCUACGUCGAUGCAUCAAUGAAGUGCAUCUCAAUCCUGGCGCCGCAGCCAAACUCCUCCAUGAGCACCUCGGUGCCAACACGCUACCAGCAAAUCGGAGCUGGAUCUCUCGCAUGCUGACGGGCGUCCUGUCCACCGAGUCUAGUAGCUCCGCUUCUUCUACUGCUGCUUCUUCUGCUGCACCAGCUGCCGCCAUGUCGACACCUUCGUCCGCAACGCCCGAUACGUCCAAAGCGCCCGUCACAUCGACGACGGUGCAGGAUUCAGCAUUUGUGCGCUUCGUUGGAAACGAAGCUGCACCUAUGGCCGUACCACGCAGCGGCUCUUCUCGGCCUAGUGCAGCACCACCCACCCGUAUGAUGCCGCGGUCUCGAGCUUCAGCAUUAUCUUCCUCUGUGGCCGUACAUGCACAUGGCGCGUAUGCGAAUACAAAGUCAGGUGUCCUCAAGACUAAGGCCUCGCAACCUGCCCUUAUAGAAGCCGCUGCAGCAUCAUCUGGUGCACCAAAUCCGUCACCCAAUAUGGUCAUGCCAUGGAAAGAACCAACGCUACGAACCAGAGCGCGUGGUCUGAGUGACAGCUCUAUUCACAGUACCUUCUUGGAUCAUGGUGCUGCAAACGACAGCGUCGUGGAUCGGGUUAUUACUUCUAAUACGCUCACACUUGCAUCCGAGUAG